AUGACGUCCGAUAACAGUUUUGUGCAACCUGCCAUCCCGAGGCUCAAUGGGCACUACGAUCACUGGAGCAUGCUUAUGGAAAACUUUCUGCGUUCCAAGGAGUAUUGGAACCUGGUGGAGACGGGGAUCACUGCAGUCACAGGAGGAGCGGACUCGAGUGAUUCACAGAAGAAGGCACAGGAGGAGCUGAAGCUGAAAGACCUGAAAGCCAAGAACUACUUGUUUCAGGCCAUUGAUCGUUCAAUCCUUAAAACGAUCUUGAAGAAGGACAUGGCGAAAGACAUAUGGGAUUCCUUGAAGCAGAAGUACCAAGGAACUGCACGUGUGAAGCGUGCUCAGUUGCAAGCACUUCGAAAGGAGUUCAAAAUAUUGCAUAUGAAGGCUGGAGAAACUGUUAAUGAUUAUUUUGGGAAGACACUCACCAUAGCUAAUAAGAUGAGGGUGCAUGGAGAAAGAAUGGAGGAUAUAGUGAUCAUUGAGAAAGUUUUGAGGUCUAUGACGUCAAAAUUUGACUAUGUGGUCUGUUCGAUUGAGGAGUCGAAUGACUUGGAUACUCUAUCCAUUGAUGAACUUCAGAGCAGUCUGCUUGUGCAUGAGCAAAGGGUGGGUCAACAUGUGAUGGACGAACAAGCUCUCAAGUUACCACUGGAGUCCAGCAAGGAGGAAGAAGUGGUGGCCGAGGCUCCUAUCGGGGAAGAAGUAGAGGAAUGGGUAGAUUUGGGUUCGACAAAUCUAUCAUAG